AUGUGGCAGUUAAUCUUGGGCCUGUUGCAACAUCUGGGAGCUACACCGGCUAUUGUCGUCGAACGCAAUAUGUUUGCUUACUAUAAACUUCCAUUAAGGCUGCUGGACAUGGAGGUGACUCAUUCGGACAAAUCUGUGUCAGGAUUGUAUUAUGUGUUGCAGUGUCCGCCGAAACUGGAUGACAAUAUUCCCAAGCCAAGGGACAUGCAAGUCUGUCGUGUAGUCGACAAGUACAAAGACAUAUGGCGAAAAAAACAAAAAUCCAAAAAGAAUCUCUGGAAGGCACCGUCGCGAAUGAUGUUAAGUCCUCUGCCACCACCAGCUGUUAAGCGCAUGCAAUGGGGUUGGCGUCAGCGACGACCCAAACGACAGAAUCAGGAAUCAAAAUCAACAUUUGAUGAGGCGACUCCAUUGCAACAUCUUCGACACCCGCAUCGCAGACAAAAGCUGCUCAAACUAUCCGCCGAUCAUCAGAAAUUCAAGCGUGGUAACAGCAGUAAGGGCUAUCAACAUAUGUAUUAUCGAGAUGAAAGCUACAACGAUCAUAUAUUCUACGACGAACUCAAAUUGGACGGAACAUUCAAGAACCGCGGCAAAUCAAAAACUUAUCUUGUGGAUAAAUGA